UACGUCUCUUGAACCUUAAUUACAGGGCUUUACAGUUUCAGUUUUGCUAUUAAAACCCAAGUAUCUGUGCCUCUGUUUCUUUCAUUCUCUGCCUUCUACACUUGGGUUUUUGGCUUAGAGAGUUGGUUUCUUAGUAUUAAGAAAAAAUAUAGAAUAUAUAUAUAUAUAUAUAUUAUAUGUAAAUAUAGCUCGCUCAUGUCUGCAGAAUUUGAAGAAGCAUUGUAUUCUUCAAGUUCUGAGAGAGAGUUUUUUUCAAACUGCUAAGAGUGGGAAUCAGAGGAAUGGUGUUUGCGUUUCACAAUGUAUCUGAGGAAGAGAUUGGAAUAAAGCUUUUAAGCAAGGGUGAGAAAUCAAACACUUGUACAACUAGUUCUCCAAAUUCGAUGAUGAAGAUGUGGAUGAUUCGGGCGGUUACCACUAUGGUCAUCUGGACUUGUGCUGUCCAUCUAAUGGCGCUUGGUGAAUUAUGGAGCCUGAGAUUGUUAAAGGGUUGGCCUUCUUGUUUCAAUCAUCAUCAGAAUUUGUCCCAGUUGCCUGAACCGUCUUCAAUUCCUCCCAAACUUGUUCUCCCGCCAAAGAGGAUUUACAAGAAUAAUGGUUAUCUCAUGGUUUCUUGCAAUGGAGGACUCAAUCAAAUGCGAGCAGCGAUCUGUGAUAUGGUUACCAUAGCCAGACACUUAAAUGUUACUCUUAUUGUUCCUCAGCUCGAUAAGAAUUCAUUUUGGGCUGAUAAAAGUGAGUUUCAGGACAUUUUUGAUGUUGAUCAUUUCAUUACAUCAUUGAGAGAUGAGGUUAGGAUAUUGAAGGAAUUGCCUCCAAAGCUCAAGAAAAGAGUUGAAUUGGGGAAGUUUUAUUCCCUGCCACCUGUUAGUUGGUCUAACGUUUCCUACUACAUUAAUGAGAUUCUACCUCUGCUGAAAAAGUACAAAAUUGUGCAUUUCAACAAAACAGAUGCAAGACUAGCUAAUAAUGGACUGCCUAUGGAACUUCAAAGGCUGCGUUGCCGGGUAAAUUACAAUGGAUUAAGAUUUACACCACAGAUUGAAGAAUUGGGUAAGAAGGUCAUCAAUAUUUUGAGAGAAAAGGGUCCUUUUCUAGCCCUCCAUCUUAGAUAUGAAAUGGACAUGCUGUCUUUCUCUGGCUGCAGCCAUGGCUGCAACAAUGAAGAAGUAAAAGUGCUUACAAAAAUGAGAUAUGAUAACAAAUUAUGGAAAGACAAAGUUAUAAAUUCCGAGUUGAAGAGGAAAGAAGGUUCUUGCCCGUUGACACCUGAGGAAACUGCUAUAUUAUUGAGUUCCUUGGGAUUGGAUCACACUGUUCAAAUCUAUAUUGCUGCUGGAGAAAUAUAUGGUGGACAAAGAAGAAUGGCAAAUUUGGAGGCUGCUUUUCCUAAUCUGGUCAGAAAAGAAACCCUGUUGGAUUCCUCAGAUUUGAGGUUUUUCCAGAACCACUCCUCCCAAAUGGCAGCAUUGGAUUAUCUGGUGUCCCUAGAGAGUGAUAUGUUUAUUCCUACUUAUGAUGGGAACAUGGCCAAAGUUGUUGAAGGCCAUCGAAGAUUCUUGGGUUUCAAGAAGACCAUUUUACCAAACAGAAAGCUUCUGAUUCGUUUAGUUGAUAAAUAUCAAAAUGGGGAACUUCAAUGGGAUAUGUUGUCUCGUUUUGUGAAGGAAGCACAUAGAAAUCGAAUUGGAAGUCCAAAGAAAAGAGUAGCUAUUCCGGGUAGACCAAAAGAAGAAGAUUAUUUCUACUCCAAUCCCCAUGAGUGUUUGCAAUUGCUAGAUGAUGAACCAUUAAGAUCUAAUGGUUAAUUGAAUCAAAAAUUUUACUUCAGCAGCUGUUUCCUACAACAAGGUGCUUGAAAUGCUCUUUUCAUAUUGAAAAUUGCAAAUUGUUAAUAUUUGUUCAUAAUUUUUAAUAAUUUUUUUUCAUUUAGUAAAAUAUAAUUCUAUUUCAAUGUCACUAGGAAAGCAGCCACAUAUGAAGAGUAAAUACCUCAUUUCUCAAUGCUAGAAUUCUUGGAUAAUUUACUUGUCCAUGUACUUCGUUUUA